UGAAAGCUGCGGGGCACCUUACACGAAGUCAUUUAGAUCUGCGCAAUAAAGCAAAUCUGAGUAAUUAAAAAAUUUAUUCAUAAAAAGGCUUCUAAGGCAAAAUAAUAGCAAGUUCUGAUGAUGACUGGCAAGGUUUUAAUCGUGGUUUACUGUGUUGUCGCUUUGAGCAUUGCUAGAUGCGCCUCACUCUCAGUAUACCCCAUAGAUCCGUGUUUUUCCUGUCGUUUCAAACCUUCAUGCCCCUACGGACCAGAACUAGAUAACCAAGGAUGUGUAACUUGUAAUUGCUACGACCCAUGUAAAGACCACAUCUGCCCCAACAAUGAAGUAUGCAUUAGAGAGGAGCUGAUCUGCGCUAAUCCUCCAUGUGGGAUAAAACGCAAAUGUGUUUGCAACUUAAAAUGCCCUUAUGGUUACGAAACCGACUGUAGUGGAUGUCAAACUUGCAAAUGUAUUGAUCCAUGUCAGGAUGUAGUCUGCCCUAUUGCUCAGUACUGUGCAAUCGAGUAUACGAAUUGUACAAAAAUUUCGUGUUUUCCUACUCCCGUAUGUAAAAUUCGGGAAUUUCCUGUCCUCCUGGAGAAGUAGCUACUUCUACGGCAAGAACGUUUACACCUAACGCAAAACAAUAAUUAUUUAAUGCUAAAUACUUACACGUUCCAUGUCUACCAAUUCCAGAUGGUUCAUUUUUCACUACUGUAUUAAGCACUUACUUAUUUUGUUUUCAGGUAGGUUUCCUAGUUCUAGUGUUAUUAAAAACAGUUUAGGUUUUUUUGUUAACCUUUCUAGUUUAAUUGCUUAAAUUAUAUUUUCA